UAUAUACACAAUACCGACAUUAAACAUAAUUAUAAGGACACACUAAAGUACAAACAAGUUGAAAUGGCGUUUAUGAAAAGUGUUUGGUUUAUUUGCUUGUUGAUACACGUAUGCUGGACAGAAAGUCCACCGACAACUGUCGAAGUGACACUCAAUGUGUUUUCUGGAAGGCCCGACCCUGAUGUCGUUCUACAACCAAAUGACGACAACUAUGACGUCAUAGUGCUGAACGCUGGCCAGCAGAGUACCGAUUUGCCACCAGUCAUGGGCUAUAAAGGCUUUACCAUUAUGGAAUAUCAUGGGUUAACACUGUCCAGAACCAGCACUGUGGGUCGAUGCACGCGUCCGGACUUCGAACUUCUAUUGCUGAACUCCAUAACUGGAAAGGUCCCGAAAGGCGAUGACCAACCAAUCAGCGAUAGCCUGCUGAACUACGCAAGAUCCGACAUCGAAAACUGUGCCAGUUAGAACUAAUGCUCAAAACAGAGACAAACAAAUACAAAAAGGAACUUCAAAAUCGUUUUUCUAAACCUUAGUAUACUAUUUUAUGAGAGUUUAACCUCAUAUAAUUUAAAGUUUUCAUUAAUAUCAAGGAGAUAUUCAGUUGCUCAUUGUUUAAUUAUAAUAAACUUUAUAUUGAGAGAAUCUAUGUCAGUUUAUUUCUACCUUUACAAAUAUUUUAUGUGGAAUACGUAUUUGAACUAUAUUGCUUAGUAGAAUAUGCUAUAACCAACUCAAUAAUUGCUAAUGCUCAGCAUAAAUUCUGCAUUAGUUUAUUUCUACCGUUCCAAAUCUUUUAUAUAGAAUACGUAUUUGAAUUAUAUUGCUAAAUACAAUAUGCUAAAACCAA